AUGUCAAACACGACCGAUCCUCCACCCCCACCACCCACCUCACCACCCGAACUCACAACCUCGCUCAUCACCCGCUGCAACACACUCCUCUCCGAGCUCGACGCCUUCCAAUCCUUAGUCGCCUCUACGCAACGAAACCCCCAAAUCGUCGAGGCCCGAUCUCUUCGCUCAAACGUCCUCUCGGAACUCCGCACGCUCGAGAAAUUGACGGAUCGGGUUCGCGUGGCCAGCGCGAACGCGGACGCACACGAUGACGACAACGUCGACGCCGACGCCGACGCCGAGAUCCAGAAAUGGCUCCUGCACGCGCUGCGAUCCUCGAAUUUGCCGUUCUACGAGACGGUGUGGACGAUAGCGAAGAGGUCGUGUUCGGGGCUUGUCGCGUUUGGGAAGCGGUUCUAUUGGGAUGGCGAGAGCAAGGAGGGAGGCGAGAUAGAGGGGAAAGACAAGACCAAUGCCAAAGCUCAAACCAAGGGCAAGGGCAACGGGGGCAAGGAUAAACGGAAGAGUGUCUAUGUGGAUAUCGUGGCGGAUGAUGGGGAGGAGUGGGUGAAGGUGUCGACGAUCUCGGAGACGAGGCUAUUGUUUGAGAUGGCGAAGAAGGGGUGGGAGGCUGAUUCGGAAGACGGGUCCGAUGGGGAAGAGGGCGAAGGAGGACGGACGAUCUUGCAGAAUUUCAACGACGGUGCGGGCCGUGACAGUGACGAUGAUGACGAGGAUGAGAUCGAAUUGGUCAAGUUGGCUGGGGACAUGAGGAAGGCUGCCAACGUUACAAGGGUGAACUACAAGCAUCCUCGGCUACGCAUGGUGAUUCCGAAGAUCGAGGAAGGGGAAAGUCCGGAAAUCGACAAUUUGCUGAAGGUAAUACGGAGCCAUGGAGUCGUAGUGGAUUGCGGGGAGGGCAGUCUGGGGUCGUCUUCAGAAGAAGAGACCAACCCUGAAGAUGUGCUUGCGAAAGAUCUCCGUCGACUUCUGCCUACCCCGUUCAAACGGUUUACGUCCCUAUUGAAUGUGGAUUGUACACUGUUGCUUGCAAUCGUUUCAGAUGUGUCAUAUUUCAAGAAGAUACCCCCGUCUCCGUCACUCCAUAGAGCCAUCCUGCGCCAGCUCGAAGUGGAAAGCCAGCGGCCAUUGCUUACCACAGAGCUUUGGCCCGCCAUGGGCGCGCACGAGUUGGUGUGUACCAGCGAGGCGGCUAAACGGAUGCGUGAUAUUGUCGACGUGAUUGGCACCGAUACCGAAAAGAGACGGGCAGAGAUUGUGAUGGCCGAUCCGCCAUUCAACGACCGCGACGCAAAGGCCCUUAUUCAUGACCUCCAACAACUUUCGGACUAUGAAAUCCCACCACAUUGGAAGCUGCCGAUAAACAUAGUGGAUGCCAAUACUGUGAUAGACGCGGCGAAAAACAACGGCCAAUUGCCUCCGGUAGCCCACCAGGUAUCUGACAUACUGUCCGAUAUCAACUAUAGCGUCUUCUUGUACGGGUGGGCCACCGGAAUGACAACGAUAUCCAGUAAUCGAACAGUGGUCAAGCAGAUCGAAGCCACAGUGGAAAAGCAAAGGAACGGCGAUGAAAAUCUGGAGGGACCGCAGAUAUGGGUCUGUGACACGGCCAGGAGUUUAGUGGGUAAAGAAAGGGGCCGAAAAGACUAA